GAAGCAACGUCCUAAACAAACAAAUAAAGUAAAAGGAAGAACAAAAAACAACAUCACGCCAUAUUGCGAGCCAUUCACAGCGCGCAUCCUGGCUUGUACGUGACACUCCGCAUGCAGGGCGAGCACAGACCCGCCCCGCUCAUGAAUACGUGCGCACGUAGCCGCUACGGGGGAGGCUGUCUUUAAAUACCGGGGGGACACCCUCCUCUGCAGCGACCACUUCUGCGGACAAGCGGCACAGGAGCAGCUACAGCCACAGCCACGCGUUUCCACCUGUCUACGUGAAGCCUGACGAUGUCCACCAAGGAGAAGCUGAUUAGCCAUGUGAUGAAGGAGGAGCCUGUUGGCAGCAGGAACAAAGUGACGGUGGUGGGUGUCGGCAUGGUGGGCAUGGCCUCUGCCAUCAGCGUACUGCUCAAGGACUUGUGUGAUGAGCUGGCCCUUGUUGAUGUGAUGGAGGACAAGUUGAAAGGUGAGGUCAUGGACCUACAGCACGGAUCCCUCUUUCUCAAGACGCACAAGAUUGUAGCAGACAAAGACUACAGUGUGACAGCCAACUCCAAAGUGGUGGUGGUGACAGCUGGUGCCCGCCAGCUGGAGGGCGAGAGCCGCCUUAACCUGGUGCAGCGCAACGUCAACAUCUUCAAGUUCAUCAUCCCAAACAUCGUCAAAUACAGCCCCAACUGCAUCAUCCUGGUGGUGUCCAACCCAGUGGACAUCCUGACCUACGUGGCCUGGAAGCUGAGUGGUUUCCCCCGUCACCGCGUCAUUGGCUCUGGCACCAACCUGGACUCCGCCCGGUUCCGCCACCUCAUGGGAGAGAAGCUCAACAUCCACCCUUCCAGCUGCCACGGCUGGAUCAUCGGAGAGCAUGGAGACUCCAGUGUGCCUGUGUGGAGCGGUGUGAAUGUUGCUGGAGUUUCUCUGCAGGGCCUCAACCCACAGAUGGGGGCCGAGGAUGACAGUGAGAACUGGAAGGCUGUGCAUAAACUGGUGGUUGAUGGGGCCUACGAGGUUAUCAGGCUGAAGGGCUACACUUCCUGGGCCAUUGGAAUGUCCGUGGCUGACCUGGUGGAAAGCAUCCUAAAGAACCUGCACAAAGUGCACCCCGUGUCCACGCUGGUCCAGGGCAUGCAUGGCGUGAAGGAUGAGGUCUUCCUGAGCAUCCCUUGCGUCCUGGGCAACAGCGGCCUGACGGAUGUGAUUCACAUGACACUGAAGCCCGGCGAAGAGAAGCAGCUGGUGACCAGCGCUGAGACCCUGUGGGGCGUACAGAAGGAGCUCACCCUUUGAGGAGCGCUCCACCCUUUACACCAUGUGGUUGUCUCCCUCCUACUGUACCUCCUUUGCCCCUUAACUGCGACAGUCCGAUGAAAGUUCUGAAUAUCUCAAAAGGCUUAGUGUUUGUAACUGAACCAGUGUAAGCUAGAUUUUUCCUUUUCAGAUAUUCACGUAUGGGUGUCAUUUUCCUUUGCUGGCUUCCCUUCUGUCCUCCUUCCUACAUGACUGAAUUCUCGGAUACCUAACACCCACCUUCAGCCUGAGCGCUCACCCUGUGUUGGAUGUGUCUAUUUGUUGUCCUGGCCACAUAAAAAUGCCUUUGCAUAUUGUGUUUACAUUCUAUGUACUGUAUAUGUUAACUGCACUGUUGUUGUUUCUUCUGUACACUCUGUGUUCAUAGUUUAUAUUUAUUCUGUGAUUGUUGCCAGCUGUUUUUCACUUCCUUGUAAUCUCGGUUUUAUUUUCAUUUGGAGUAUAAUGGGUCAAGGCCUAGGGGUCAGGUUAUGAAUCUUAACGGAAUGUAAAAAACGGUCACACUAAACACCCUCAAAGGCUUUUGUAUUUAUUUUACUCCAACUGACUGAGUAUAUCAAGAGAAUAAAUAUGGUAUUAUUUAUAGCUGUUAAUACUGAUAAGAUAUAUUUAUGUAUUACUGUUACAAAUUUAGAGAUUGUUUAUUAAUUGCCGAACUCACUGAGGAACUGCAUGUGUCAUGGCAGCUGUAUAUUGACUUGUAUUUGCCGUAACAUCCAAUAAAUCUGCCAGGGAUAAUGAUACAA